ACCAAGACCAGCACCAAGACCAGCACCAAGACCAGCACCAAGACCAGCACCAAGACCAGCACCAAGACCAGCACCAAGACCAGCACCAAGACCAGUACCAAGACCAGCAGCAAGGCCAGCAGCAGCAGCACAACCAGCAGCAGCAGCGCGACCGCAGCCUCAAGUACCUCUCGACGAUCGCGCUGGAGGUCAGCGGCAUGCGCGUGUUCCCAGGCAUCGAGGGCGCACAAAAGCACAUGAACUCACGCUGGGAGCUGGUCAAGAUGCUCGUCAUGCAGGAUAUGCUCGCGCAAAAGCCCACAGACAGCUCUCACCACAAGGGCCCGGCGAUCGACUGCCAACGGUGCACGAUUCGCAACGACGUCAUCACGACCUUCUGGGGGCUGCCCAAAAAGGUCGACCAGAGCAUUGAGUUUGGGCUCACCCACGUGCGUGCCGGCAUCAUCGGCCCACUGCUCGACGAAGUCGCCAUUAUGCUGCUCGCGCCAACCGUGCGGUCAUCCAUGUCCGUGCGCCGCAUCCGGGCGCUCAACGCGCAUCUGGCCAACGUCCUCCGGCAAUAUGCCGCCGAGAGCGAGUCGCCCGAGUCAAUGCCGCCUGCCUCGGACGCGGGCAGCGGCGACGAGCCCAGCGACGCGGUGGCAGCCAAUGGCGGUACGCAGCAGGCCGCGGCUGAGGCGCACGAGCAGGUGCAUCGCAUGUUCUUCCAGUUGCACGAGAUCCUCAGCAAGCUGCGGCUGGAACAUGUGGGAAUUGCGUUACGCGUAACUGAGCUUGUCUUCGACCUGCCGCUGGCCCCAGCCGCGCCGGCGCGCUCGCUGCCCGUGUGCGCGCCCGGCAUGCUGCGGUGGCGGCAGCGCAACAUUGAGGUUGGCGCCGGGUACCUGUGGGGCGCAAUCACCAGCGCCGCGCAGUCAACGGUCGGCGGCGGCCGACUGGCAGCAUCGUCGGGCGGGUGGCCUGGCGACACUGGCUUUGUGCGGCGGUCGCAGGACUCGACAGCCUUUGUGCGCGUGGCCUCGGGCACUGUCCAAGCGCUGGCGCUGCGCACGCCGUCGAUGACGCCUGACAGGCGGGCGGAGGAGCUCGAUGCGCAGGCGGCGGGGUUUCGACUGCGGCACUGUACGCUGUUCGGCGAGAUGUCGGCCUUCCUGUCCGAGGACCUGACGCACCGGCCGAGCCCGCAACCGCUGUUCUCCCUGGACAUCGGGCGGCCUGAGCUGGUGCUGGAUCUGAAGACACAGCUGGCCUUCGACGAGGCCAAAGCAUGGAUCGCGCACAUCGGACAUCGCGCCCGCGCCAUGCGCCGUAUUCUGUCCCAAGACAAGCGCGAGACCCGCGGCAUAAUGAGUUUCCGCAUGAAUGCCUUGGUCAGCCUCAUGUUUGCCGACGUCAAGGCGCAUGUGGCGGUGGAGCGCGCGCUGUAUGCUGUGCGUCCGCAUGUUUCAGCAACCGCCCAAGAGGAGAAUUUGCAGUGCGUCGCCCUGAGGAUGCAGCAUUUGGAGUGCCAUCUGUCCUGGAGUCUUGAUGCCUUGGGUAGGCGGUGUGGGGAGAGGGGCAGCUCGUCGAGCUUGGAUAGUUUUGUGACUGGCGCUGGGAGCGACGCCUGCUUGGAACGCAAUGAUGAUCCGCUUUUGGAUGCUGCCGCUGGUAGUGAUGCUAGUGCUGGUGACGCGCUGAGGCCAACCAUCCAGUUCAGGCUUUCAACAAGUCCUAUUGGCGCCCAAUGGGAGGACACAGCACCCGAAUCCGCCAGCACUCCAUUGCCGCCACAGUCGCAGGGGCAGCAGCAGCAGAGCAAGCGCCAGAUUUUAAUUGCCAAGUGCGGUGUCAGGGCCCGCGGCCUUGUCAACCUGCACAUCGGUGCAACUAGCGCCGCUGCCACCGAUACCGACUCGAAGCCACGCAUCAACGCCGAUAUCGAGGCAGAUGUCGGCGACGUGGGCGGUAUGCUGCGCGAGUACGACUUCCGGCACUGGCUUUCGAUGCAGCCCCUCUGGCUGGCCACCCAGCUCAUGCACAUUGCCGGGACCGAGUACAAAAUCCCAGAGUCAUCCAAGCCUGACGACUCCGAGCUGGCACCCGUGGGGGAGCGCAGAAGAGCAGCAGCGGCCACGCUGCGGAUUGCCUUUGACAGUCUGCGGAUGAGCGUUCUGGCAUGUGACAACGAGGAGGAUGUACUGAGCGGCAUUGAGCACGGUACGCAGGUGUGUUUGGCCGCAGGCGCCCUUUGUGUGCGGCUCAAUGGCGGAUCCAUAGAGUCCCCCCAUGUCUUUGGGCUUCGGCCUGAUAUCGGCCCGAUGACGGUCAAUCUAGAGUGCCAGCGCGUCACCAUGUUUCUCCUUUCGGCUGUGCCCGCCUAUUCGGCGCAGCCCGCCGACGAAAAUCCAAAACAGACGCAGUGCGGUGUGGAGGAUUUUGUCGUGUCAGAUUUGUGUGGAUACGGGGCAGACUCUGUGCAGCGGCACAUUGUGCUGAUGCAGCCCAAGCUCGGCAUCGGCAGCCGGCACCUGGCGCAGGGCAGGUCGCGCACGGUGUAUGAUCUGGAGACGGUUGCUUUCACAGCCACCACGGGCGUGAGAUCGGUCUACCGCUGGUCUGUCUUUAUGAGUCAUGUAAAAUACUGGCUCAGGCGCAAAAAGCUUGGCCGCCGGAUGGCCAUGCAGCAGGUCGAUGAGCCCGAGGAGUCGUCGAACGACGUGCUUGUGAGCAUUAGGAGCGCGCUGCUGGACCUUCACGGUGACCUUGUUCUGCCGGCGUACUUUAAUCUCGACCAGGGCUUGGCCCAGUGCAUCGGGGCCAACAUGACUGCCGAAGAGGGGAGGCAGAGUCCCGAGAUGAGGCUCAAGAUCCCUGAGGUUCAGUUCACUAUCGAGAAGACGCAGCAGAGUACCGAAGGCGACAUGGUUAUCAAGCUGGGCGGGCCGCUGGUGACCAUGUACGGAUCAUCGACACCCAAGGGCCAGCUGAAGAGGCUGGCGAUGCAGCCGUUGAUGUCCAUGAAGCAGUGCCAGAUGGCCAUGCGAUUCCCGUGCAAGGCUAAGAAGCAGGCCCUAGGUGCCGCCCAGGGCGUGCGCAGCAACGGAACGUACAGCAAAAUCGACAUUGUGUUUGAGCGCGCCGCCAUGGCCUUUGGCCACCGGUACAACAUGGCCGAAACCAUCGACGGCUACCUGCUUCUGCAGAAGGCCUGCAAGCGCAUCGCGCGCAAAUCCAUCACCACAUGCUACCCGCCACCGCCGCACUCCGAGACAUGGGUGGCCGGAACCAAGCCGGUGGUGACUGCCAAGUCACUGAUGACGGCCCUGGGCAAUCCGCGGCACUUUGUGCCUCCACCGCUGCGGUCGCUCAGCACAGUGGCUGCGCCGCCACCGCCAACGCUGACAGAGCCAGACGACGUACCGACGAUUGACUUCCACGGGCCCGAGUUUACCAUCAUGGUGCACGAUGAUCCCUUUGAGACGGCUCUCGCAAGGAUAUACCAGGUCGGCUCGCACGAGCAGCGGGAGCGGCUCAGCCGCCUGGAGGCCUUUGAGACCAAGGCCGAGGAGCUGCAGACCAGGCGCGAGCGGGAGUUUGUCUUGACUGAAACCAUAGCAAAGGGAAAACGGGCUCACCGGGACAACGCCGCUGGAUCCGCCAAGCACGCUCGCAGCAGGACAUCGCACAAGCCCACCAGUAGCAGCGGCGGCGGCGGCAGCAGCAGUGGCAGGGCCAGCAAGGGCGCCAAGGGCGCAGGGACCUUCAGUGGCUCCUUUGAACGCUUGCCCGUGAGCCAGAGUCAGCAACAGCAUCGCAGACCGCCGAUGAUUGCGGGCGCGCGCACGUUCGCGUCCUCGAACUCGCGCAACGACCUUCCACCGCCGGCGCCGCGCGGGCUGGUCUCGCUGAGCAUGCACGACGUGUCCAAGGUGACGCAAAUGCCGGAGCAUGAGGGCCGCGUGCGGUCGUACACGACGGUGUCGCAGGAGAGCCUGGACGAGAGCGACGAUGGCUACGAGGACAUAGACGACCCGGCAGAGUCUGCGCCGAGCCAGCACCAGCGCAUGGUUGACCUGGUUGCCGCCGACAUUGCCGCGGCGCACAACCGGCUGAUGCUGGUGGAGUCGCGCGAGUGGGUGCGUGCAAUCCGCCGCAAGAUGCAGCCGCAGCCGGAGCAGCCGCAGGGUGGGUCCGAGGCUGGGUCAGCAGAAGGCAUGUAUUUCAGCGAGAUCUUCGACAUGCCACGGGCCAGCAGCCACUGCGAGCAGCCCGGCCAGCUGCCACACAACUACGUGCCUGGGUCGUGGACGCAUCCGCCGGCGCCGCUCUGUCGCCUGGUCAUGUCGCCCGUGUGGCUGCGGCUGGACACGCCGCUCUCCCUGCUGGAGUUCAACCAAAUUGAGGCGUACCUGCGCUACCUCGACCCGGCAACGCCGCACAAUCUCAAGUGGGCCACGCUGGUGCCAAUGCGGCUGCGCAUCAAGUGCGGUGACAUCCGAAUGCAGCUGCGCGACUUCCCCUUCCCGCUGUUCCGCGUGCCCGACCCCUACCGCCACGAGACGCAGCCCAGGGAAGAAAUGUGUACAAGCUACGAGGACUUUUACGGUGGAGUCGAGAUCAGCGGCAGCCUGCUCAUUGCCGAGCGCGUCGCCCACGAGAGAUCGCUCCGGUCGAUUUACAUCCCCAUCGGCCCGCGGUCCAGCCAGUCCGGUAUCGAACUGCCGACUGUCGGCUGGUACCUGUGCAAGUCCCUGCAGUUCCCGCGAGUCUUUGCCACAAUGUCUAUUAUGAUGUUUUCUGCGCCGUCGCACGCUCCUCCCGCCGACCUGCAGUCGCCGCAGCGCACGCAUCUGCAGGCCCGGCUGCCGCCGCUGCCCAUCAUGUCGGCGUGGGGCGCGAGCUACCAGCCAGUCAUUUCGGCGCUGAUGCAGCGGCUCGAGUCCGUGACGUCAAAGAGCGCCGACGUCAGCCCCAGCCUGCCCUGGUGGGACAAGCUGCGCUCGCGGAUGCACUUCAAGUGCCGCAUGGCCGUGAUUGACGCGCCCCUGCGUCCCUGCAUUGCCAAUCAGCAGCAGAAGCAGCAGGCGCCGGCGUCGCCAGACGUGGACAAUCUGUAUCUGAACAUACCAACCAACGAGCAGCAGCAACAACAGCAGCCGCCGCUGGGCAGCGAGCGCGGCCAAAUGUUUUUUUUGGCUCUGGAUGGCCGCGAUCCGUACCAGGUCACGCAGAAACCCGGCAGCUACCUGUUCACAAUGCGCGGCGGUGUGCGCAUCUGCCUAAACGAGGGGUUCCCAGGCAGCGACCUCUGGGACAAAGAGUCCGGCCGCGGCAUCUACUCAGUGCCCACCGAGGAAGGCGCACCGCCGUCGGCAGCGCUGGGCGAGUUCAUGCGGCUGCGCUGCGAGGAGUUCCUGAUGGGUGUGCCCAUUAUCAUUGACCGGCAGUCGGCCAUCCUCAAGUCAAUGGACAGCCAGCGCCCGGAGUCGACGGACAUGACUCCGACGCUUGAGGAAAUUAACCAGAUGAUGGACCAGGGCGGCGAGUCUCUGCUGUGGAAGCGCGCCUACGCUGACCUGCUGCACAGCAUCGGCAGUGACAACAGCGCGCGGUACACGUUUGUGACGCAGAGCAUGGACCGCCUAUACUUUAAGGUGCUCCUGCACCUGUCUGGCGGCGUGCGCCUCGGCAUUGGGCUCUCGUCGUAUAUCCCGCCGGACCCGGCCGGCGUCCGCCAUAACCACUGGGAGGUGCAGCCGAUUGCGCCUGAGAGCGCCCGCGCGGCCGCUCUUCUCGGAACCACCGAUGCGUAUACAGGGUACCGGAGCUCCAAGCUGCACACCAGCAUCAGCCUGCUGUGUCCGUUUACCGACAGCAAGGCCGAUAUAAAGGCUUCGUCCGGGCAGCAGCAGCAGGCGGCGGCAAAGCAGAGAGCAUUCGCGGACAUGUACUUGUCAUCUGAGCCCGCGGGUACAAGGGAGUGUGCGGCGCAGUCGCAGACGCUUUUGAGGCUGCGGGCACCGGACGCAAGCGUGCUGAAGAAGCCGCCCAGAAAGUGGACCGCCUACGACACUGAUUCUCUGGUGUCCCCCAUGCACUCUCUGUUUGCGACUACCUUACAGAGCCACCCGCCGCUCUCCUCCUCCUCUUCUGCUGCUGCGGCUGGGGCGGACACGCAUAGCCGUCGCAGUCCCAAGGCGCAGGAUCUCUUUUUUGUGCCCUUCCCCUCGCUAUGCCAAGACACAGCUUCCCCGCACGCCUCAGCCUCGACUCUGCCUGCAGCUUUUGCGGCUAAAGCCCGUCCCUCACCGACCGCCGCCACUGCUGCUGCUGCUGCUGCUUCUGCCGCUGCUGGAAGGUCCAAUUCCAAACCACAGUGCCAGAUUAGCGCCUCUGCCGCCGCCAUCGAGGGCACCCAGCGCUACCUGCCCCUGUACGUUUCUCGCAUGAUGCUCCCCGUGCGCAAGGGCUCAUUGUACCCGUUCACUGAGACUUCAGACAAUAAGCUGGGCAAGUGCUUACGGAGUAUGCGCCUGGUUCUGGACCUCAAAAAUGUCGAGCUGGCAUACUCGCAGAGAGAUUUUGAGAUCAAGGAGCUGGAGACUAGGGAGAUGGGCAUGAUGGGGUACAACAAUGAGUACCUGGACAUUGGCCUGUCGCCAACUCCAUCCGAUAUGAGCGCGCAGGGCGCGGCGGCACUCGGGGCUAAGGUCGAAGGCACCGUAAGGGAGCUCAAAGCGCGGGUUGACUCGUUCUCAUUCAACCUUCUCCUGGAGCAAAGCUCGGUCAAACUCACGGUCGGUUCCAAGAGCGACGCUGCUUCGGAUAAGGACGGCGUCUCCUCGUCCUCGUCCUCCGGCAAUGGCGUUGAUUACAAGCGGUCCUCUCGCGUGCAGUCCAACCCUCCUGCAGACACCAGCGCGCAAAAACCCAGGCGCAAAGCCGAAGGGCCCAAGGUGGCAGCCACGGAGACCAUGGCUCUGCGGUGGGGCGUGGGCGAUGCCAGCACGGAGAUCGAUUACUUGGACGUGCGACUCACGCAGAUGGCCUUCUGCAUGCCCCUGUUUGCCAACCCGCUGGCGCCUGAGCUCUUGCGUGGUGCGCGUGUCAACGGCCUGCGGUUUGCCGAUGGUGCGCUUUCGGGACUAAGUGAGUUUGAGCGGAGCUGGAUUUCGUGCACAAGUAUCCGCGACCUCAAGGAGCUCGAUAUCAGCGAGGCCACGUUUACCAGCCCCAGCGUCGUGUGCGUCCUGUGGUCUCCGCGCAUGGUUUACUUUACCCAGCGGCCCGGGUGGACGCAGUUUGGUGACAAACUCGAUGAGAUUCUCGACAAUGGUGGUGCAAAGGUCAGCGAGUCCGUCGAGUCGCAGCAACAACAACAGCAGCAACAGGGCGUGCCGGUGUCGCCUGUGCUGGCUGGGUUUGACAAUGCAGUGGCUGGCGCCCAGGCAGACUUAGGCGCUGAACCCGUGGUGUAUCGCGGCUUGGGUGCACCGCGCGGUCGUGCGCUGAGCGACGUCAAACAUGCCGCGAGGCUCACUGCCCGUACGUAUUCGGGUACCGCCGCGAGCAACAUGCCUCUUGCGAAAAACAGGACGGAUGAUUCGGUGGGAGCUGGGUCGGCCCUGCACAGGCGCAAUACUUCGAUGCCCUGGGCGCUGAGCAGGAACUUGUCCCACGACAGUAUAAUCUACGAUGCCCCUACGGGUAGUCGGCCGCCGCCAGUGCCAACGGCAGCGACGACACAGGGUUAUAUUUCGUCACAGCACAGCUUUUUUGGUAACAUCCAGCCGGCGGCAGUGUUUAUGCAGCGAGCAUCGACACAGCCCACUUCUGGCAACCUAUUGCUCCAGCAGCAGCAGCAGCAGCAACAGCAACACAGGCAGCCCUCAGAAGUUGGGUCUACCGGACCGUCGCCCCAGUUGCAGCCGCUCAUCCCGGCUGUUCCUGCUCAUCAGUCGACUGUUGACGCGCCGGGAGUCGAGUCGUCGAGCGACCUGAAGAGCCCAACCUCGGCCAUGUCGUACAAGUCGUCCUUCCAUCUUUUGGAGCUUGCGCGUUCGCGGCAGCGCCGGCUGACUGCCAGCAACUCGCGCCAGUCCAUCAACCCCUCGCUGCCCUCUCCUUCUCAGCAACCGCAGCCUGAAUCGCCGCUCAACUACGCACCAGUGGAUAUCCAGCGGCAGCCCAGCCUCGCCAUCGAGCCUGCACUGACCAACAUCCAGAUGGUCCGCCUUGUGCCCACCGGGCCCGACCCUAAUGUCAUUAUGCGGGACUCACGCACAACACAGGCAAUGCUCUUGCGCAAGCGUAAGCUAAUGCUGGGAACAGCCAUUCAGCAGGAGCAAGCCGGGUUAGCCCACCUCAGCCGCGAAUUCGAGCGCGCGUCCAACCGGCACAGCGACGAGUUCCGAAAAGAGAUGAUCAGACGCGCCGAGCAUAUCUACGAGCUAGGCGCCAGGCGUAAGCUGAUCAACCGCUGCCUGCGCUUCCUCGGUGUUGACCCGGAUAUCGACGGGUCGCCGGGCAAUGCUCCGCAGGAGCUGCCAGUAACAGCGGCCAUGGAGGAGAUAGAUGUGGAUUUCGACCGUGACACACAGGAGGUUGAGAAGGUCCUAGCCACGCUGUACCGCCAUCGCUGCCUGAUCUACUCGGGGUACUUGAUUUGGACCAGUCAAGUACGCGACGAACUGAUGCGCUUCUUGUACAUCCAGGACUGUCUGACAGCUAUCGAGUAUUACUUGUCAGAGACUGCGACCAAGGUCGUGCGCACGGCUACGUCAGCCAAGUAUACAGGGGACAGCGGCAGUGUGCCGUCCGAAACACUGGCGAGAGACACCUGUGAAGUUGUCGGCAGAGAUUGCUCGGAAUCCACUGUCACUGCAGGGUCGGAGACCGCGGGUGUGGACAACGGUGCUGGAUCAGGACCGUUACUGGCGGUGCCCAAGGAGCGGCCCUCGCGUCCACGUCGCCAGUCCGCCGACCAGAGCAGCGUCAACUCCGGGUCAUCGCGACUCUCGGGCGGCCUGCACAUCCCAAAUCUCUUGCGCAAGCUCCGCAGCCACGACAAACUCAAGGACGACGCCGUCAACUCCAAGACAACGCAGGAUUCAUCGGGACUCGGCUUUCUGUGGAGGUCCAAAAAGUCCAAGCAGAAGAAGCAGCAGCAGAAGCACCAGCGGCAGCAGCAGGACAAGUCCAAGGCGGGCAAGCAAAAGACCAAGGAGCGGUGCAAGGAGGACUACAAGCUGUCUAAGCGCAGCGUGGGCAGGAAUAAGUUUGACAAGGGCCUGAAGAGCGUCUGGGAUGACUUUAUCCGCUACCGGCCAUACUAUUCCAUCCUGGUCGAGUUCCUAAACUCGCAAGUGUCCAUGCGCGUCGACGAGAACAGCACAACCUCGGCUAUUGCCGUGGCAGAGCGCGUCCAGUUGCACCGCAUCCUUUUGUGCAAUGAGGACGAGUUAGACAAUGCCCUGGCGCACGGCGAGGACACGCUGUUGGACUCGGGUGCCACAUUUAUGCGGCCGCCUGACGACGAGUCCAUUGUCAAGACAAGGAGUCUGGUCGAGCUGGAGAAUGUGCAGGUGUUUACAGCCAAACGCAACGACUUUGAGCACCAGGCGGCAUACUUUGUCGAUUGCACAUACGGGUCGCAGACAGAAGGGGAUGCGUCGCAGCCAAGCGCCAUCUGGCCUGCGUGGAUCCCCAUUGAGCUGCUGCUGAGCCAGGGGAAGCAUCGCGCCCGUGGCAUAUUCGACGAGCUGGCUGAAGCCGACGCGGCAAUGAGUGGUUCCAAGGAUGAUUCGGGCAGCAGCGAUAGCGACGGCGACUUUACGCUUGAUGGCCGUGGUCAGACCAGAUCAAACAGCAGGAAGCGCAGCAAGGCUUGGUGGCUCGAAGACCUGAGCAAGUAUAAGCGGCUGAUGGACAGGAACAACGGCUUGGUUGUUUAUGACAAGGCCAACCCGCACAGAAUUCAGGGCGACAGCACGCGCAAGGUGGCUAGCGAUAUGAAUCUUGCUGCAAUGGAUGCUGAAAACACAGAGGUCCGUGGCUCAGCUGAGCGGCCCAAUACUUCUGGCGGCAUGUCUGGAGACGGUGAUUAUGACGGAGAUAAGGCCAAGGAGGACGGUGAGUGCGAUAGUUCUGAUGACAGCAAUGAUGACAACGACGACAGCAACGAGUUCAUUGCCAACGAGGCCGAUGGCGUGGCCAACGAUGGCAAUAGCGGCGGCGGCGCCACAUCGAACAACAACAACAGCGGAGGAAAUGCCGGCAGUGGACAGGGUCUGUCUCACCGUGCCAACCAUUUCUCUGUCUUUUUGCCCGAGCUCAACCUGGCAUGCACUGCCGAGCAGUACACCGCAGUCUACGAGACCGUCACUGAGCUGCUUGUGUUUAUCGACCCCGAAAAGGCCGCGUAUAUGGACCAUCUCAACACUAUUCUGCUUGGCAUGGACAUGGACGAUCUGCGCGGACUGCUGACCGUCAUCAGCGCCACACAGGAGGCCCUGCGUGAGCGCCUGCCGAUCAUCCAGGACUGGUACACCAUCCAGCGCAGCCACGUUGUUUUGCUCCGCGACGCCGGCCGAACGGCUGCGGCCGAUAUUGAUGCCGGGCUGCAAAAGUCGCGCGCAAUGUCCUUGUUGACUCUCGAUCGGCACCGUCGGGCGCUUGAGUUGCAGCUUCGUACAGCCAUGGAUCUCUUUGGCACAGCGCAGAAACAGAUGCGCCAGCACAAACGGCUCGACGCGCGUGCUGCUGCUACUGCCACCAAUACCAAUUCAAACGCGGGUGGCAGCGCACACCACCAGGAGGGUAGUCCUGCAUUCAACGGUGGAGAUACCGCUACCUCUUCAGUACCGGCGCAGGCACAGUCACGGCGGCAGACGGUCAGCUCUGCUCCCACCAAGGCCGCCGCUGCCGACGCAGAUCAGGGCCCAUCAACUGGGCUGCCUCCGCGCCUGCGCUCUCGUGCAAAUACGGCGCAGAGCAGCGGCAACGCCAUGCGUUCGUCCGUACACAGCGGUCGCAACCGUGGCGACGCCGCAAGCACAACGUCGGUGUCGUCGAUGUCGUCGUCCUCCUGUAUGCAGUCGAGCGAGGGCGCUCAGACCACGAUUGCGCGCACCAUCCACCUGUUUAUUAGCAAGGCCACCUGGCACAUGCUCGAGAACGACGGGCAACCUCUGUGUGACGUGACCCUGCGAUGGGCCACGCUCAAGGCUGUGACCACAUCGGACCAGGCCACGCACCUGCUCAGUGAGGUCCACCUGCUGUAUAUUGUCAAUCGCUUGCCCAACCCUAUGUUCACCGAUCUUGUCGGCCCCUAUGUUCGUCCAAAGCAUCCGCGUCCGGAUUUCUGCGUCGAAAAGAUGAUCCGUGUGCGGUGGUCCGAACUAGCGCCUGUCGGAGGCAUUAGCAUUGUCGAAAGAUUCGAGGUCGAUUUGUUCCCGCUACGGCUCCAGCUCUCGCACGAUAUUGCCCAAAAGCUCAUAAACUACCUGUACCCGCCGCAGGACUCUGCAAAUACGAAUGGCGGCGGCGGUGGCCCAAGCAAUAGCAGCAGCCAUACAGAUAUGGCGUCUGGCGUGGCGCGCAAUCGCCGGCCGACAGUGUCCAGCAUUAGCUCUGGCGAGGUAGCCAGUGCCAACAUCCCGAUCGCUGCGGGCUCUUCUAUGCCAAGCACUCCCUCAACAGCAAUUUCGGCUGGUGCUGGCGCUACAACGAUGUCUGCGGGUCCAUAUGGCAGCAGUCUGAGCAUGCUUGGCGAUAUGCAGGGCAGUGGCCGGUCCCUGCUUGCCACCCGAAUGAUCCGGCGCAACCCCACUGAGGAGAGCGUGCGCAGCUCGCCCACGUUUGAAGAUCGACUGCCGCGGUCCCACCUGCACAUGUCGCAGCUAUCGCCGCAAUCGCCACAGCCAGUCUCUGCGGGCCUGCUGGCAACCAUGUCAGGGCGUAACACGCCCUUCUCCAUGUUUUCAGACAACACCAGCAUGAUCAACAUAUCGCAGAGCAGCGACAACCGCAACCAAGUGGACCAGAUGAAGAAGCGGGCGAGCAGCAAUAAGACCUUUUUAAAUAUCAAGAUUGGCGGCAGCACGCUUUGCAUCUCGUACCAGGGCAAAAAGACAAACAACAUCACAGACUUGCGCGACUUUGAGUUCCACGCGCCCCGGCUGGAACUCCGCAACCAGGUCGAAUCCUACUAUGAGCUCUUGAUGCAGGUCAAGAAGGAGUAUAUGUCUGUGGUGGUCCAGCACACCGGUGCGCUGGUUAAGGAGAAGUUCAGGCAGCUGCAUAGCCGCAAGGCGUGGAGCAAAUCGUCGUUUGGGCCCGAUUGGGAGGCAAGGCGGCUGCUGAUCGAGAUGGAUCGCCGCGUGGAUGAGGACAUGGCAGCUAGCGUGCACAACAUCAUUUCGGAGCGCGAAGGGACCCCUGGCAGUGUGGCUAUGCAGCAGCGUGGGUUUUCCGAUUCCAAAGAUAAUACCGGGCCCGGCUACUUGCAGCCAUUGGAUCAGUACCGGAUUCCGUCUGUGCAAGUCUCGGAGCCGAUCUUGGAGGACGCCUCGGGCUCGGCCAGUGCCCAAGCAGCAGGCAACCACUCAAUGGCCCUGGACGGCACCAUCGACGACGCAGCAUCCAUCCACUCGGCAAAAGGGAAGGCGCCGCUGUCAAAGCACAUGAUUCUCGAUCCGCGCAAACUGAUGGGCAAGCGGGUGCCCAAUCUGUCGCGCAACCCCACUGUGCGCAGCAACACUGCGGAACCUGCUGUGGGGAGCGGGUCGCAGCAGGUUUCUCAGCCAACCUCGAUACCAUCUGCGGGGUUCAGAGGACCUACAUACUCAGCAAUGCACUUGGACAUGGUCCCUGCGGCGCCGUUUGCGCUUUCAAUGCCUGGUUCUGGUUCUGGCUCGGCUGGUGAAGCGGGCAAUGAGCGCAGGCCGUCUGCUGCAGCGUCGCAGGAUAGUGCCAAACAGAAGGAUGGUAGCAGCAGCAGCAGCGACCAGCAGCAGCAGUAAGCUGGUUUUUUAUUUAGCUUCAAUAUGGUGCAGUUUUGUCUUUUUAAUAUAUAUAUAUUUUAU